CAUAAAGAUGAUUCCAAUAUAUUUGUAAACAAAAGGGUGAUCAAGAUGGAUAAGUACCCUACAAAGAAACAACCAAAGACACUCGCAUCAGCCAAGUACACCAAGAAGCGUGAUGCAUUUGUCACCCAACUCCUAUCCAAAAUGUCCAUUGUCGAGAAGAUUGGACAAAUGACUCAAUUGGACAUUGGAAUGAUCACAAAGCCAGACUCGAUGGAAUUGAAUACUACCGCCCUUGAAUUUAUUACGAGUACUUACAAGGUUGGAAGUUUCCUGAACACUCCAUUCGCACCAGGUAGAUUGGAGAAUAAUACUUUGUACUCUAUGAAUACCACUACAUGGAUGGAUCAUCUCAAAACAAUCCAAGAAGCAUCGAUAAAGAACAGUCCAAACAAGAUUCCAAUGUUAUACGGUUUGGAUUCAAUGCAUGGUGCCAACUAUAUCCAUGGCAGUACACUCUUCCCUCACAACAAUGGAUUAGCCGCAACAUUCAAUCCAGAGUUGGCUAGGAGAUCGGCGAUGGUAACAGCAAAGGAUACAUCGGCUGUUGGUAUUCCUUGGGCUUUUGCUCCUGUUCUUGACUGUGGAAUGAACCCACUUUGGCCAAGAUUCUAUGAGACCUUUGGAGAGGAUCCACAUCUCGCCGCUACUAUGGGCGCCGCCGCUACCAAGGGACUCCAAGGAGGUGUUGACCCAUCCCGUGGCCCAAUUAAACGUCCAUCUGUUGUCGGUUCUGCCAAGCACUUCUUUGGAUACUCUGAUCCAAGAUCUGGCAAGGAUAGAACUCCCGCUUGGAUCCCAGAUGUUAUGCUCCGUCGUUACUUCCUUCCAUCGUUCGCCGCCGCCAUCAAUGAGGGAUUGGGAACUGUCAUGGUCAACUCAGGAGAGGUCAAUGGACGCCCAAUGCACGCCACCAAGAAGUACCUGACCGAUCUGCUUCAAGAUGAACUUGAGUUUGAGGGACUCAUCGUUACCGACUGGGAGGAUAUCAUUAAGUUGGUAUACUACCACCACGUCGCGAGCAACCACUAUGAGGCAAUCAUCAUGGCCCUGGAUGCUGGUAUCGACAUGUCCAUGGUCCCUCUGGACUACUCAUUCCCAAUCUUGCUCAAGGAGCUGGUUGACUAUGGAGUUGUGCCCGAGAGCAGACUCGACAGGAGUGUCCGCAAGAUCCUCAACACCAAGUACGCUGUCGGUCUGUUUGACAACCCGUAUCCAGAUCCAAAGAAUCCAUUCUUGCCAACUGUUGGUGGAGCUGCUGAUCGUUCUCUUGCUGCAGCAAUUGUAGCCGAGUCAAUCACUUUGUUGAAGAAUGACAAGAAGACCCUCCCACUCAAGGCUGGAAGUUUAAACAACCUGUUCAUCACCGGUCCAUCUGCUCACAGCUUGAAGAAUCAAAACGGAGGUUGGUCUGUACAUUGGCAGGGAGCAAUCUAUGACAAUGAGUUCCCCUUUGGCAAGACCAUCCUGGAUGGUGUCAAGUCAAACUUGAACUCAAGCAAGGUGACCUACAGCCUCGGUGCCCAAUUCGGUGUCAAGAACGAAACCAUGCUCAAGGAAGCAGCCAAGUAUGCCUCUCUGGCCGACGCAUCCAUCGUUGUAAUUGGUGAGCUACCAGAGGCAGAGACACCGGGCAACAUCAACGAUUUGACAAUGGACCAGUCUUGCACAGACCUUCUCGAAGUUGUAGUCCAGGCAUCAAAGGGUCCAGUCAUUCUUAUUAUUAUUGAGUCCAGACCAAGACUCAUGGAUCCAGACCUGAUCAACAAGGUCGAUGCUGUUGUUGCUGCCUACUUGCCAGGUUCCGAGGCAGGCCAACCAAUUGCCGACAUUUUGUUUGGAAAGAUCAACCCUUCCGGUCGCCUACCAUUCACCUAUCCCGCCAGGAGUGGUGACAUCGGAGUGCCCUACUACCACAAGUACUCAGAGGUAGAUGCCACCGCACCUCUUUUCCAGUUUGGCACAGGACUCAGCUACACCACAUUCAACUAUUCAUUGGUGAGUGUCACUGCCGACAAGGUUGGUCCAAAGAACAACAACUACACCUCCAAGUUGGGCGAUAGCGUAUCGGUCACCUUGGAUAUCACCAACACUGGUUCAGUGCAAGGCAAGCAUACAGUCCUUUGCUACUUGAGUGAUGUGUAUGCCGAGACCACACCAGAGGUCAAGUUGCUAAAAGCAUACACCAAGGUAGACCUUGGUCCCAAGCAAACCAAGAGGGUCAAGCUCACACUGGAUACAUUCGACUUCUCAUUCAUCGACCCAGAUUCAAAGGUUACACUCGAGUCUGGAUUGUUCAUCAUCAACAUUGGCGACAUACAGUUGUAUUUGACAAUGAAAUAA